AUGACAAUAACAACUGAAAUGAACGUAAAAGACAUUAUUAGUUUCAAUGUCAAGUGUUUACACAUAUUUGGCUAUUUUUCUCCUGAAUUAAAUAAUUUCGGAGCAAAAAUCUGCUACAAAGUCUACGUUGCGAUAUUUUUCACAUUCACUUACAUCCUCUGUCUUCUAAGCCAAAUAGCAAACAUGAUCGAAGUUUACGGCGACAUUGAAAAAAUGACAGAAACGUCGUUUCUACUUCUAACUAAUUCCAACCAAGCACUCAAAAUAUACGUCUUUCUAUUCAAUGGCUCAAGAGUGUGGACUUUCAUCGAAAACCUCAACAAAAACGAAUUCAAACCGCAAAACUCAGUACAGCGCAACUCCCUUUCGGAAGAAAUAAAAAUAUCCAAAGCCACUUCAAAAAUAUUUCUCUUCAUGUGUUUCGUAACUUGUUGUUUGUGGGGGAUUUUCCCGUUUUUGGAUAGACAACCUGGAGAAAAAAUCAGGCUGCCGUUGAGUGGAUGGUAUCCUUUCGGGACAGACACGUCACCUUCGUUUGAAUUAGUGUAUGCUUAUCAAAUUUUCGCCACUUGGAUUAACGGGAUGGGGAAUAUAACCAUGGAUACGUUCAUCUCGGGGGCUAUAAUGGCCAUUUCGGUCCAGCUGAAAAUUCUUAACAAUUCUUUUGAAGUGAUGACGGUGCAGAAUUACCAAAGUCGCAACUUACGUUGUGAAAGCACGCUGAAAAAUUUGAGACGAGCUUUGGUCAAAAAUAUAGUCCACUACAAAAGCAUUCUACAACUUUCAGCUGAGAUGACUUCACUUUUCACAAUUUGCAUGACAAGCCAGUUCGCAGUCAGUGUGAUAAUAAUCUGCAUGACGAUGUUUCAGAUGAGCUUGGUGUCUGUGGCGAGUUUACAGUUCCUUUCAAUGCUACUUUAUCAAGCUUGUAUCCUUUUAGAAAUAUUUUUGUGGUGCUAUUACGGAAAUGAAGUUAUAAUUGAAAGCGAAAAAUUGACCCAGUCGGCAUACGUUUGCGAGUGGAUUGAAUGUACGAAGGAAUUUAAAAAAGAUCUUUUGUUUUUUAUGACACGAACGCAGUUUCCGUUGAAGCUUUACGCAGGAGGUUAUUUUACUCUGUCGCUUGGUACUUAUAUGGCUAUACUGAAAUCAUCGUGGUCUUAUUUUGCUGUUUUAAAUAGUAUGCACACAGAAGAAGUUUGA